CACCAUGUGUGGAAAGAGGUCCAGGUGCUCCUUCUCCCGGCUGGAGGUGAUCCUGAUCGUGUGCCUGGUGCUGAUGAUCGCCCUGACCGUGGUGCUGCUGGUCCUGCACUUCCUCACCAAAGACACCGAUGAUUCCAACGACGUCGUAGAAGCAGCACGGUACUUGGUGGGUGUUGGCAGAGCUGACUGCACGGGCCCUGUGGCACAAGUCCCUCUGAUGGGAUACGCCAACCCCGACCAGGUGGGUGGGGGGCUCCUCUCGCGCCUCUACAGCCGAGCCUUCAUCGUGGCAGACCUCGAGGACUCCAAACGGGUCGUGUUCGUCAGCGCCGACAUCGGAAUGGUGUCCCAGAGACUGAGGCUGGAGGUGCUGAAGCAGCUGCAGAGCAAGUACGGGGAGCUGUACCGGCAGGACAACGUCAUCCUCAGCGGCACCCACACGCACUCGGGGCCUGGAGGCUACUUCCAGUACACCCUGUUCUGGAUCACCAGCAAGGGGCUCAUCAGGCCAGCCCUCAGCUCCAUGGUCAAUGGCAUUGUGAAGAGCAUAGAGAUUGCCCACAACAGCAUGAGGAAAGGAAGGCUCUUUAUAAACAGAGGCACCGUAGAAAACAGCCAGAUCAAUCGCAGCCCCUUCUCCUACCUCAAGAACCCAGCGUCCGAGCGGAGCAGGUAUUCAUCCAACACGGAUAAAGAAAUGGUGGUGCUGAAGAUGGCAGAUGAGGAUGGACACGAGCUAGGCCUUAUCAGCUGGUUUGCCGUGCACCCGGUGAGCAUGAACAACUCCAACCACCUGGUGAACAGCGACAACGUGGGCUACGCCUCCUACCUGUUCGAGCAGGAGAAGAACAAGGGAGCGCUCCCUGGAGAGGGCUCCUUUGUGGCCGCCUUUGCCUCAUCCAACCUGGGGGAUGUGUCCCCCAACACGCGGGGCCCGUUCUGCGUCAACACGGGCGAGUCGUGUGACAACCCCCAGAGCAUCUGUCCCAUCGGAGGGGCAGCGAUGUGCAUGGCCAAGGGGCCUGGGAGUGACAUGUUUGAGAGCACCAGGAUUAUAGGGCAGAACAUCUUCCUGAAAGCAAAGGAGCUGUAUGAAAAGGCCUCCCAGGAGGUGACAGGACCCCUGAGCUCAGCCCACCAGUGGGUGAACAUGAGCAAUGUGUCCGUGGAGCUCAACGCCACCCACACGGUUAAAACCUGUAAGCCAGCCUUGGGGCACAGCUUUGCUGCGGGGACUAUUGACGGAGUGGGGGCUUUCAACUUCACCCAAGGCUCAGUAGAAGGGGACCCGUUUUGGGAUCAAAUCCGGGACCAGCUGCUGGGAGAGCCAUCGAAUGAAACCAAAGCCUGCCACAAACCCAAGCCCAUCCUCUUCAGCACGGGAGAGAUGACCUGGCCCCACCCCUGGCACCCGGACAUCGUGGACGUGCAGAUCGCUGCCAUCGGAUCCCUGGCAAUCCUUGCUGUUCCCGGGGAGUUCACGACCAUGUCUGGACGCAGGCUGCGGGAAGCUGUUAAAAGUGAAUUUGAUUCCCAUGGGACACCAGGGAUGAACAUUGUGAUUGCAGGCCUGUGCAACGUCUACACCCACUACAUCACCACCUAUGAGGAGUACCAGGUUCAGCGGUACGAGGCUGCCUCCACCAUUUAUGGGCCGCACACCCUUUCUGCUUACAUCCAGCUCUUCAGGGGCCUGGCCAAGGCUAUCGCUCUGAAUGCCACUCAGGAUUUGCCCCGUGGUCCAGAGCCCCCACUUUUCAACGUAACCAGUGUGACCCUGCUGCCUUCCCUCAGCGCUGAGAACGCGCCGGCCGGUAAAACUUUUGGGGAUGUGCUGGAAGAAGUGAGACCAGAGUAUCAAGAGAGAGAAGUUGCUGAAGUGACUUUUGUGGGUGCAAACCCCAGGAACUCUGCAGAGAACGCGACUGAGCAUAACUUCCUGACAGUGGAGAGAUACUCCAGCAUUUCCAGCAGCUGGCGUGUGGUGCUGAAUGACGCCUCCUGGGACACCAGGUUUUACUGGAGCAAGGGAUCCCGUGGCCAGAGCAACGUGACCAUUGAGUGGCACAUCCCGGCUGGCAUGGAGCCGGGCACGUACCGGCUGCGCUACUUCGGGCACUACAAGAAGAAGGUGUCCCUCUUUCGCACCGUCACGGUGCCAUUUGAAGGCUCAUCCUCAGCAUUUCAAAUCACAGCCCCAUAGCUGAUGCCAUUCCCUAAAGGAAUGGUCUCCUUGAGCAGUAGAUUUGAUAGCUGGGCUGUGCAGGAGUUGGGCUUGGAUGGUUCCUGUGGGUCCCCUCCAACUCCAGGUGAUUCCACGGUGUUCUAGGAGGGCUUUUUGUGGCUCUGGACAUCACUGCUGCCCCUUGAGUGCUGCUGGUCAGCCUUUGCUGUGCAAAGCUCAGCUUCCUGGAAAAUUUUGGCUUUUCCCUGCAAUUCAGUCUCCUCAGGUGUCCUCCUCAGUCAAGUGGGUCCUGUCCUGGCCAGACCUGGUUGCAGCUGAUUCUUAUUGUAAUAAAAGAUGUAAUUUCUUCUUUA